UCUCAUUGCAGUUAGCAUAUUGUGUUGUGCAGUUCUUGGAGAAAGACAGCAGUCUGACUGAACCGGUAAUUAUGGGCUUGCUGAAAUUUUGGCCCAAAACGCACAGUCCUAAGGAGGUUAUGUUUCUGAAUGAGUUGGAAGAAAUAUUGGAUGUCAUUGAGCCUUCUGAGUUUGUGAAGGUUAUGGAACCUCUGUUCCGGCAGCUGGCCAAGUGUGUCUCCAGCCCACAUUUCCAAGUCGCAGAGAGAGCGUUAUAUUAUUGGAACAAUGAAUACAUCAUGAGUUUGAUCAGUGACAAUGCAGCCAAAAUACUCCCUAUCAUGUUUCCAGCCCUCUAUAAGAAUUCCAAAAGUCACUGGAACAAGACAAUCCAUGGGUUGAUCUAUAAUGCACUGAAACUGUUCAUGGAGAUGAACCAGAAGCUCUUUGAUGACUGCACACAGCAGUACAAGGCAGAGAAGCAGAAAGGGCGGUUCAGAUUGAAGGAACGAGAAGAAAUGUGGCACAAGAUUGAGGAGCUAGCCCGCCAAAAUCCUCAGUACCCCAUGUAUUGCGCACCCCCACCUUUGCCUCCUGUUUAUUGCAUGGAGACGGAGACCCCUACUGCAGAGGACAUUCAGCUGCUGAAGAAAACGAUGGAAACGGAGGCUGUGCAGAUGUUGAAGGACAUGAAGAAGGAGAAAGUUUUGCUGCGUCGGAAAUCAGAGCUUCCGCAGGAUGUCUACACCAUAAAGGCCCUGGAAGCGCACAAGAGAGCGGAAGAAUUUCUCACCUCAAGCCAGGAGGCACUCUGACGGGCUAGGGAGCCCCUGGAGGGUACACAGAAAUGCACUUUGUUCUAAUGUAUAACUAGGGAAUGAACAUGGUGAGCUGUGCCUCUCCUCCGCUCCAUUCUCAUUCUUUCAGGUUAGAUUUGAUUUUACAUUGUACCUCAUGUCCCGCCACACUGUCACUUCCUCCUGCUUUAUCCUCUUAAGGGUUGUGUUUCGUGUGCACGUGCAAAGGGAACCUAGCCAAUCCAUGAGAGUACCAUUUCACACAGGGGAACAUCCUGGUUCCUGUUCUUCUUUUGAAUUGACUCCAACCCCAGGACCAAAGCUUUGAGAGUUCAAGCACUUACCGGCCAUGCGCUACAGCAGGGGUGGUCAGACGCGAGCCCUCCAGGUGUUGUCCAGCUGCAGCUCCUGUCCUCACUUGUCACUGGCCGUGCUGGCUGGGGCCGAUGGGAGUGGCAGUCGAAGAGCAGUAUGUCCCCCCCACAUGCCUACAUUACAGUAGUGCCUCACUACAGCCUUCCAGCACUAGUUUGAUUUCCAUUCCCACAUCAUCCCCCAAUCAUCUGGCCUGAAUAGCAGCAGCUAUAUCUGAAACUGACUGAGGUCAACAUAGGUUAUUUUCUAGGGAUCAGGGCAGGCUUGUUUCUGGUGGACCGGGCAAGAAUUGGGAACACUGUGUUGCCUCCCCACUGCCCCCGCAUACUUGGAAUAAAUGGUUAAUCUGUUGAAGAAUGUUGGUUGUUUUGGUCAACAUGAAUAACCGUUUGCACUUUCUUUCCUGUCCUGCAAAUUGUGAUGCAGUGCAGAUAAGCAGGUCUCUAGAGCUACUGGUUUGGAUCCUAUUUUCAGUUCCACCGUAGUUCUUGUCCCACCAGACAGAUCCCAUCAGUUCAUCUCUGCACUUGGUUGCUGAAGUGUAGCUGCUGUACCACACAGGCUCAUUUAGUAGUGUGUUUUUCCUCUUUAGCUCAGCUGGAAUUGGAGCAUGAGUGACUCCUAACAGAAUCUCUCCAUAAUGGCCACUUUCUUUUCCACUCUUGGCUUCUAGCUCAAGAGACCACUGACUAAAUACUUACUAGCAACAGAAGGUUACUGAACUUUUUUGCAAAGAGCUUUAAGCAUAUCAGAAACUGGAUAAUGGCUACACAACCCAGGAAACUCAUAAUCAUAUCAAUUGUUCUAGCCCAAGGUGGAGAGAAACAGCAGACACUUCUCUCAAGGUGGUGUACAGUAGAAAGGAUUAAGCUGCUUUCCUUAAGAUACCACUUCUUCAUUACCAUCAUUGUCAUGUGCCAUAAAGUCAAUUCUGGCUUAUGGUGGCCCUUUUCAAGGUUUUCCAGGUAGAGAGUACUCAGAAAUGGUU